GGUUUUUUUAGCACCAGAUCCGCGGCGUACGAGUGCGAGUACGAGUACCGAUCGAUCCGUUGAUCUUCCGACCACGUAGUCCGAGCCAAAGUCGAAAGCUAAAGCCAAAGCUAAAGCUAAAGCUGUGGCUGAAGCGUCGCUUAAGUUAUUAAAACAACAACUUUGCACAUCUAUAUAUCUAUAGUAUAUAUACUACAUAACUCGCUACUUUGUGUGCGUGUGUAUCUGUGUGAGCAGCAGCAGCAGCAGUGGGGAGCAGACCGUGUGGAGCGCUGACGGAUUUGUUAUUUUUUGCAUAAAUCAGUUUCGAGAGCGGGCGCGCGCGUACUUCGAGUUUGGGUUUCGGUUUCGGAUCCAAUCCGAUCAUCGCUGUUCUGUUCUAGAAUCUAGAUGAUGCCGCAUACACCGCAGCCGGCGGCAGGCGUGAGGCAGCUUCAGUUCGUUGCCUGAGUCUUUCGUAUCGCGGAAAUCAAAAUCCAAAUCGAUCUAUAAAUAAAGCCAAUCGAUGGCUCUGACCAACUUCUCACUGCCUUUCGGUGCCCUUGGCCAGCCCUGGGGCGUCACCCUGGCCCCUCUGCAUCCCAUUCAUCAGCUGGCCAGCAACACCAACAAUCUGCUGUACUCGCCAGCCGAUCAUCAGCAGCAGCAUCCCCCGCAGCAGCAGAGCCCCACAGAUCCCGAAUUCUUUAAGAACAAUCCCUAUGCCCCACCACAGCAGGUGCCCCAGCCACAGGGCGGAGUCGGGGGCGGAGGCUAUCAAUACCAGAGCAGACGCAAGCAGAACAAUGCCUAUCUGCCACCCACGGGACCGAGUGCGGCACACAACUCUGUCUACCACAUCCAGCAACAGCAGCAGCAGACACAACAGCAGCAGCAGGAAGCCAACAACAACGAGAAUAGCGUCUCCUACCAGAGCUCCUCCUCCAGGUCGAACAGCGCCGGCCAAAGCACCAUUCAGCUGACGCAGACCCACCAUUCGACUGGCAGAGGCCCUGGCGAGGGCUCGUACAGCCGCUUUCCGGGCCAGCAGAAGCAGUUCUUCAAUGCCCAUGGCAGUGCCAGUGCCACAUUCAGCAAGAACAGCGGCAGCUUCAGUAUUACCAGCUACGGGAGCAGGCAGCAGCCGCAGCCGCAACCCCAGCCCCAGCCCCAGGCGCCACUGCCACAGCCACAGCCGCUCCCAGCACCUCCCCCGCCCGCUCCCCAGACGCAGCAGCAGCCACGGCCCAGACAGUCGAAGCCCGAGGCUCAGCCCGCCUCCACCUACGGCGUGGCACCACCCGAAAAUUAUCCGGAAAGAGCUCCCGGCUUUACGAGGGUCCAAGCGGGGCAGGGCUCCCGCACUCAGGUUCAUGCCGUUCUCGACUACGAUGUGGAGGAGGGCGAUGAGGAGGAUGAGGAUGAAGACGACGACGGACAGUACUACGAGGGGCAGGGGCAGGAAAGAGAAAAAACGAAUAACAAUCAGAUGCCCACUGUGACACCCAUCCAGGGUCCGAUCUUUCUGAAGAACGGCACGGUGCCGGUGGUGCCGCUGUUCUCCUAUCCAAAGCUCAACAAUGGAUCGUUCCUACAGAUUCCGAUCUGGUGGACGGCCUUGUCUGUAGCUCUGGGUCUGGAUGUGAGGGGUGAUGUGAUCAAGGGAGUGCCAUGCAUCAAGCGAUAUCAUCAGCUGUUCUGCCCCACAGCCGGCAACAGCUAUCCCAUCGACAAGAUCGAACGUUUCAUAGAUGACAACAAGGCACUGAUGCGUCGAAUGUAUGGAGACUUUGAGAUGAAUAUGGAAGGACCUGCAGGAGGAGGAAGUGGCGCAGGAGGAGGAGGACGCAACCAGCAGGCAAAGGUGCGGAAAAGGCGAUUCAUAGACGAACCGGAUAUAUUCAUUCCACCCGGUGCCUAUGCGGCCAAUGCCGGGGAGGCCGUAGAGGCGGGCGACAGCUAUUUUGGAGAACUACGCAAGAAGCGUCAAGCGGCAGCCGGUGGCAGUCGCAACAGAGGAGGAGCAGGAGGAGGCGGCAGCAGUGGUGGUGGUGGUUCUGCUGCUGGAAGCAAUGCCAACAGGACACCUGGUGGGAAUGGGGGCGGCCAGGCGAAUUCGGGUACGGGCAGACUCGAUGCCUGCGAAUCGAAGAUCGAGAUCGUGACACCCUAUUGGGCAUCGAACUCUGCGGGCAAGAUCAGGGCCAUUGUCAAUACCCAGCACUUUGAGCAGGCCAUCCACCAGGAGGUGUGUAGCAAUACUCAAACACCGCGCUGCGAGGGAGAAUGUGGAUGCGAGCAAAAGUACAAAUGGCAUCGUCUGCUCGCCUACGAUCCCGACAACGAUUGCAAGGGUAUCUUUAUGGAUUGGUUCCUGUUUCCUUCGUGCUGUGUCUGUAGAUGUAAUCCUUAGAUUCCUCCCUCCCGAGUCCCAUGUCUGAGCAAAUUAUAGAAUGAAAAUGAGUAUAAUCGUAGGUAGAAUGCCACUGAAUGUAUUUUAGUUGUUGUUAAGUAGAUCUUAUAUGUACGAUAUAUCCACUAUUUGGUAGCUCUCUAGUUAAGCAUCGAUUCUAUGUAGUUAAGGUUUUAUACGAGCCAUAUAUUUACCCCUAACCUGUAUCCUGUAUCCUAUAUCCUCCCCUCCAUUUACUCGUAAACACACAUUCGAUAUAACUCAAACUCCAUUUGUUGUUGUACUGUAAUCGUAAUUGUAAUCGUAAAAUGAAUCAAGCGAAUAAAGUCUAUUAUAUACAAAUA